CGCAAAAUAAAGAAGAAUAACGACACAAACAAAUAAUAUUCCGCUCCAUCCACUCCAUCCACUCCAUCUGAACCUGACACCUCCUCCGUGUGUCCAACUCAGAAUUGAACAGCACUAACUAACCUUCCCUCCUUUGAAUUCCCCUGAGGCACAUCGCAUUGCCAUCUGUCAUUCACCGAUGGCUCACCCACCACCUUUUACUACCUAACGUACUCUGAUUCCCUCUCAGCUAUCCGACACUCCGCUCCAUUUCUUUUUCGCUACGUGCCUGUCGAUUCUCAGUCCUAUCCCAUCAGAGAGGCCUUCGUGGAGCACCACCUGCAACACAUAACCAGCGAUCUGCGACCUGCAACCUGCAAUUUAUGCUGAUUCAAAACUCCUCAGUCCAUAUAUGGGAUGUCCAAUAAAAAUCUACGAAUCUCGAUCAUCUUCAGUCCAGACUGAAUCAACACGAAUUUACGAAUCUCUUUUCAUUUCUAUUUUGGCCUUCUCGCGUUUUCAAGUGUACCACAAUUAAUCAUUCACCAACGUUAAAACAACCCUCGUUACCCAGCCUACCUCCCCCUUCUGCCUUCUACCUCUACCAACUUGCGAUACUGCACGAAGCCGAUACCACGAGGACUACUUGCUUCAUGCAAAUUACCGACCUUUUUCGUCUUGAGAACUAUGAUCUGCUGAGAGUCAAAAAAACUGGAAAACUUUAAAGGAUUUCCCCGGAUCUAUCUCAUUUUCAAAGAGCCCCAUUUUUACUCUACUUUAUGCUCAUAACACAGACGACGAACUGGCUCAGGAUGCCAUCCCGCGAGCUGGGGAGCUCUUCUGAAGCCCCUAAUGGUGCUCAGAGUGUAGGAUCGACAUUAUUGAAGAGGCAUAAGAUACUACCUCAUCCCAGGGAAGGUCGCCUUACCGAUACAAAUACUCAAUCCCAGACUUUCAAAUCUCGCGAUACAGAUACGGAAGCAGGAGCAACGUCAGUAACUAAUUCUGAUAACUCGAAUCCACGCAUGCUAAAGCAUACCUCGAAGAGGAUUCGCGCUCCCCUACUUCCUCCCACUCCACCAGCACACUCGAGACAAUCAUCUAGCACCAGCAGUGUCUUGGUGGCUCCCGCACCGGUUGUUGACGUCGCGUCUGAAAAAGACCCCGCCGUAGAAUCAAAACCAAGCACACCAACCAUUCAGCAAAGUCCACCUACCCCUGAUGUAACACCCCCGCGCGCAAUGCCACCGUUGGCAUUUCGUCCGGCAAACUCUCGAUAUCCUUCUUCGCGGUCAGAUUCUUUCCGAACCGCUCGAGAAUAUUCCUCAGAUGAAGAAUCCGAGGAUGAAAGUUCAACAGUUAGACCACGAAUACCAUCUGCGAAAACAUCUGGGGCAGAAGUAAGUCAAAUCCCGCGCAAGGAUAUCGGAUUGGGCCUAGGUCUAGAAUCUGAUGAGGGCUCUACCACACCAAAAGCAAAAAAGGAAUUGUCACAACAGGAAUUUAGCACUUUUGAUGGAGAAUGGGGAGUCUCUACGGGAGAUGUAAGCGAAGUGGAACGGGAAUGGGAUGAUAAUCUCAUGAGGAAUGUAACGGUUCGAAAACGCCGCGAUAUGGACAUGAGCUUUGAUGAAGAACGGACAAGCGUUGAAGUGAUGGAAGAAAAUGUAAUUGCACCGACAGAAGCGACAAAUGUGGUUCGAGGAUGGCCUUUCCCAGAGGACUUUGAACAACAUCAAUUGGACACAGACAGCGCGGAACCAACCUUGAAGGGUGGUACAUGGCCUAGGGUACGGAAAGACACUACUGAUUCUCCAACAAUGUCAGACACAAAACGAUUUUCUACCAUGUCCAGUCGUUCGACAACUUCUACAGUCGUUGAAGCUUUUGUCGUCGAUGCACCGCCCUCGCGAAUAAGGACUCUUCGCCACACCAAAAAGCAAAUUGGUCUGAGAGACUUUAACUCAAACGAAUCUACCGUAGGCUCCGCACCACCAUCCGAAAAGUCAAGCGAACAGCAUCAUCGUUUAGUGCAUAGAGCCGAACGAAUCCCUGAAAAACACAAUGGAAGCAUAAGAUCAAAUACUACUCCGAGCGUCGCUUCAAGUAAUAAAUCGCGUCGGAAGAUUAUACGCGAGGGUGGAGUGCCUGUCGUGGUAAUCCCAGAUCGUGUGUCAUCUGCGAAGUCUUCUAGACCUCCAUCUUUGCGAUCAACAAGUAGCCGAAAGACUAAGAGGAGCAAUUCAUUCCAAUCGGCGCCAUUAUCUCAAUCCUCGAAAACGAAUGAGCCUGGUUACUUCGAUAUCCUUCCUCCUACCAUGAAACGCACAAUGUCAGACUCAGCAGGGUCAAGCAACUCUGUACAUACUAUCGAUUAUCCUCCAAGUAUCCCAACCCGAAGAUCUUCACUUUCCGCCCCAACGAGUCGUAAUACUUCAAGAGCAGGUUCAUUGACUGCGGAGAGUCUCAAAGCUCACAAUAUGCUUCAGGAAAGGCAGUCCUUAAAGUCAGAGCCAGUUGUAAUCUCCAGACCAGUCAGUUCAGAAAAGGAGAUUGAGCCACAAGAUACUCGUUCAAGCAUAGAUCAUAAUCGAUUGAGUAUUGAUCACCAAGACGAAGGUCAUUCUAAUGUCAGAAGGUCUACGCAAGCUACACCAUUUUCACAAGCAUCAUGUGAUACAGCAGGAACUACAACAACAACCGCUGAAAUUUCCCAGGCUAUGGCAGUAUCGAUGGUUCCACAUCAAAAUAAGUCAUGGACAGUCAUACAUCGGGAAAGCGAGCCAUCGCCUCCUACGAUGAGACGAUUAAUCACACAGCCAACUAUUGAGGUUAAUGGUGAGACUACCGAUGGUCCUAUUAACCCUCCUCAGAAUCCACAUGCCAUGGAUGGCGUUGAUUCGCCGUUGCGAAACCCUCGUGCUCCACCUGGGCCUCCUGCAAUCAAAUUCAUCCCUCCAACUCCAUCUGACAUGUCGCCAGGGGCAGAGGAAGAACGUCAACUAGGCUUUGACUUUGAUACUCGAUUAGACGAAGACUAUGAUGAUCGGCCCUCAUCGUCAGAUAGACUCAAGCGUAACUUCUCCUUUCGCCGUGCUUUUGGCAACCAUCGUUAUUCGGAGGCUAUAAUAGCAGAUGCAGGUUUGUUAAAACGUAAAUUUUCAAUAAGCGGUCGUCGCAAGGAUAAUUCAACUCAAACAUCGAAGCCAGAGGCAAAUCCUUCCACACACUUUCCAUCCGUCCUUGAUCAACCUGCUGAUGAUAGUAAGUUGCAUCCAUUCUGGAGGCCGGCAAACUUUUGGGAUGAUCUAGAAGACAACGAUAACGACUCAGAUGAUGACGAAGAAGAUUACUUUCCCGAGUAUAAUCGCCCUGGAAAUAGGCGUUUAAUUCCAAAACGUGGCAUAAGUGGGAAACUAAAGCGCACAUUUGCGAUUCUUCCAUUAUCUUACGGUAACGAUGAUUAUGAUCAAGCUCCGCUGGAUCGAAAGACCAUGCGAAGGUCUCCUAGUGGCAAUGCUUUGAGAGUUGUGAAACAGAGAAGCAAUAAUACAUUGAGGCGAGAGGCAGAACAAAGAAUUCUUCGCGAGGCAAGACCUGGAGAAUUUGGACAUGGAUUCAAAGAGGGAAAUGGAGGUCGUGUUCACACAAUUCCUGGACUAGGUUUGAGAAUUGAAUAUGUGGGUUUGAGAGGACUGGGGAAAAAACUCAGCGAAAGGAGAAAAGAGCAAAGAAAUGCAAAGUUGCGGGCCACUAUCAGUGGACCUAGAGAAUUGAGGAAUGGAGUUGAUGAGGUUUUAGAGUCAAGAAGUGCAGACUCAAAAAAUGUCAUUUGAAGGAAGAAGAAACGUUUACGAUUUGAGGAUGGAUAUACCCGGGAUGAAUGAAUGAAUGAUAUUAAGAAUUUCCGCCAACGAAAAACGACACAUUGGGACGGUUUCUAGGCAUGGUGGGAUCACCAUCACCUUUUGGACGGAAAGCAACAAAAUUACGGCUGAUACAUGUAUUAUGAGGGGAAGGCAUAAUGUUUUCUCUGAUUUUCCGUUUGGUUUGCUUUUCUGCAUGUACUUUUUUGUUGAUGUAUUUUUGCAUUGCUUUUUUCUCGCGUGUUUCUUUUCGACGGCGUUGCAUCAAGCAGGCUUGGAUGUUUCGUCAAUCAUUCCAUCCAUCAUGACUCACGUGGUUAUAAAAUGGAUAAAUGUAUGGAUGAUGGAUAAUGAAUGUUUCAGGAUUGAAUGGGUCAUUGAUUGGACGACUGAUGAUGAAUGAAUUUCAGGUUCUUUUCGACUUUUCCUCAAAGGCAAGGUUUCCUGGAUCGAAUUACGCUUAUGCUUACGCUUAUGGCUUGGUUAUGUCUUAUUUCUAAUUUAAUUAUGAUGAUGUUUCUCGGCUUGAGGCCUGUUAGUUGCAUGGCAGCUGCAACGUGGUUGAAGUAAUUGUGUUGCGUUUAGGUCCACUGACUUCAGUCUGUGUGAGCUGGCGGGCACAUUGCAGUAGCUUGGGCGUGGUGGUAAACAUUUGAGUGGCACAUUUGAGUGAGUAUCUAGGUUGAUAGGUUGGAAGAGAUACGGCAAAGAAGUGUGAUGAGAGAUGUAAGAGAGCUUAUGCAGAAAAAU